UAUGCUCUCAUGCACACACUCCCUUGCUACAGUCUCUCUUGUCUCUGCAAGUACUGACUGCUGCUCCGGUACUCCCCCAGUUCCUGGCCUCUCGGGCCUUGCUUUUGUUGCUGCAAAUCUUUGUUGGUUGCUGCUAGUGCUAUCUAUACACUGCACCUUCCAUUUCGACCUCCUCAGCUCAGCACACCUCCACUCUCACUCUAGCUGGAUAACCCUCGUCUCCCUCUUCCUCUCCCUCUCUCUCAUCCCUUGCUGCAUUUGAAGAAUUGCAGUGAGUUUGAGGCGGAGCUUGUGUUUUAAUUUUCCCUCGACUGGUACACCAAUGAACCGGUAGAUCCAGUACUGUUACUGCUACUGUUGGCUGCUGCCACCUCGCUGCUUGCAAGAAAACGCCCGCGGAAUGAGAAGGGACAGCAGGCCGGGGAGGGAAGCCGAACGCACCAGCCCAGAACAGUGAACUGAGUGUGUGUGAAAGGGCAGCCUCCAACUUAGGCCGGCAGUAGCUAGCAUCCCAGGCGAGAGGAGAGCUAAGGCAAGCUAGGCAGCUGAGCAGAGGGGCGCGACAGGAGCGGCCGGUGUCGCCAUGGACUGGGAUCUCAAGGUGCCAGCCGCGUGGGGCCUCGCCGAGAUGGAGCACGACGCGGGCGCCGCAAAGCCGGCAGCGGCGGGGCCGUCUGGUGGCCACGCCAAUGUUGCCACCGGAUGCCGCCCUCCCGGGCCCGAGUGCUCGGUCGACCUCAAGCUCGGCGGGCUGGGCGAGUGCGAGUUCGGCGCCGCGCUGGCCGCGGACCGCCGUGAGGAGCCCGCCGCGGCGGGGAAGGCGCCCGCCGCGGCGGUGGCGUCGGCGUCGUCGCCCGGGUUCAGCGCGGCGAAGCGGCCGCGCGCGCCGGGCGGCGGCGGUGGCGCGGGGCAUCAGUACCCGUCGUGCGCGGUGGACGGAUGCAAGGCGGACCUGGGCAAGUGCCGCGACUACCACCGGCGGCACAAGGUGUGCGAGGCGCACUCCAAGACCCCCGUCGUCGUCGUCGCCGGCCGCGAGAUGCGCUUCUGCCAGCAGUGCAGCAGGUUUCACUUACUUGCGGAGUUUGAUGAGGCCAAACGCAGCUGUAGAAAGCGCUUAGAUGGGCACAACCGUCGCCGCAGGAAGCCACAGCCAGAUACCAUGACUUCUGCAAGCUUUAUCGCGAGUCAACAAGGAACACGAUUCUCACCAUUUACAACUCCGAGACCGGAUGCGAACUGGCCAGGGGUAAUCAAAACUGAGGAGAGUCCAUACUACACUCAUCAACUCCCUUUGGCCACCAGCAGCAGGCAGCAUUUUGUCGGCUCCACGUCUGCUUACACCAAAGAAGUCCGGCGCUUUCCUUUCCAACAGGAGGGCGAGAUAAGUUUCGCUACCGGCGUCGUAAUGGAGGCCUCAGUGUGCCAGCCACUCCUCAAGACGGUAGCACCUCCCGAGAGCAGCAGCGGAAGCGGCAGCAAGAUGUUCUCUGAUGGGUUGACUCGAGUGCUCGAAUCGGAUUGUGCUCUCUCUCUUCUGUCAGCUCCGGCGAACUCCUCAGUCAUCGACGUCAGCCGGAUGGUCCGGCCCACAGAGCAAGUCCCCAUGGCUCAACCUCUGGUCUCCGGCCUGCAGUUCGGCAGCUCGCCAUGGUUCUCGCGCCCUCCGGCUUCCACCGGUGCCGUCUCGAUGACGACCGGGUUCUCCUCCUGUCCUGUGGUGGAGAGCGAGCAGCUGAACACCGUGCUGAGCUUGAACGACAACGAGAUGAACUACAACGGGAUGUUCCACGUCGGCGGCGAGGGCUCCUCGGACGGCACCUCCCCGUCGCUGCCCUUCUCGUGGCAGUAGUUCUCGGUAGCCGUUUCUUGCGCGAAUUCAGUAGAGCUGUUCUUUCUAGUGAUCGACGGCAUUGCUUCUGUUCUUUCUGCAUUCCUUUUCUUGACUCGAUUCUACUCGCUGGCAUUCGUGUGGACAAUUUGAGCAUAAAUCAGCGCUGAUUUUCCUGAAA